CGGAAGUGGUCUGUGCACGUGUUGCUCCGCUCUGUGCCAGCAGUAGAGGCUGCUCUCUAGGUCGCCAUGCAGGGAUCGUGCACUGUGUGCUCCGAGGGCUCCCCGAAAUAUCGCUGCCCGAGCUGCAGGGUCCGAUACUGUUCCGUUUCUUGCUGUAAGAAACAUAAAGAAAUCUGUGUUCCUGACUUAACCCCUCCUGGUAAGGAUGACCUUUCACCUGCUUCAAAAGCCCCAGAAUUAUUGCAAGGAAACGUAAGUGAUUUGCUGGAUGGAGAAGAUGAAUCUGACAGAAUCUCUGAAAACAAACUAAAGUUGAUGGGGGAAUCUAAAGAACUGAAGCAAUUACUCCUUAAUCCACAUCUCCGGAGGCUACUUCUAACUCUCGACCAGUCAGAGAAAAGAGAACAGACCUUGAAGGAAUACAUGCAAGAACCACUGUUUGCAGAAUUUGCAGACAGAUGCUUAAGUGUGGUGGAACCCGACGAGAAAGAAAACAGAUUCCCGGAAUGAGAUCUGCAAAACAUUCAUGUAGACAAUCCAGUCAAUAAAACAGCAUUGUCAGACAUGGCCAUUUAGUCUUGGGUUUACCUUCUAUCAAAUCAAACAACUCCUUGCUGUUUGCAUGCAUUUUGAGUAAUAAACAGAGUGCAAGACUUCUGCAAAACAAGUCAUGGAGAAGAGACGAAUGAAAGAACUCAAAACCAAAACUGUAUGCUCUGUUCCUAAAGGUGGAUUACAAUGUUGUACUAUAUCCCAGAUAAGUGGCAGGUUUAUCUGGAUGACUGAAUUAAAUCAGCCAAACAAUGUGUUCUAUGCACAAUAAACAA